AUGAACCCGAUGCGAAAGAAUAGCAUUCGUGCCGGCUCGGAGCUCCUUCUCGUCUUCACUGUGGCUGUUUCCUGCUUACAGGUUGUGUCAAGCCAUUCCACACUGCGGGAUGAUAACGCCUUAGACAAGGGUCACGACAUCACGCGUCGAUUAAGCGGUGCCACGGGAGACCCGGACAAAACCGUGCCGUUCAAUUCAUGGAGCAACACCAUCGAAACACUGCGGUAUGCACUCGCCUUCGUCAUCGUACUGGUGGCCGCCCACCCGCUCGGACUCUUCUUUCCAAAGUAUUUCAAACUUCCACUCAUCACGGGGUACCUGGUUAUCGGCAUUAUCGCUGGCCCGUUCGUGGCCAACCUUUUAACGGAAGACCUCGUCAAUAUGCUCUCGAACUACGUCAGUGCGUUGGCACUGUCGUUCAUCUCGUUCCAGGCUGGUCAGGAGAUUUAUCUACCGGAGCUUCGUCCACAGUUGAAAGCCAUCUUCAUUCUGCUCUCCGCACUGUACGUGACGGCUAUGGUCAUCCUGACAUCGGUGCAUUUACUCGUUGAAAGCGCCUUCUUCUACGACGACCUGGCGUUGAGCUGUCAAUUGGGUAUUGCUCUCAUGUUCGGCUCCAUCUCCGUGCUGGGAUCACCAGCCACCGUCAUGGCCAUCAAGAUUGAACUCAACAGUGUGGGUCCGUUCACGAGUUUGAUGCUGGGAGCAACCAUGACGGCCGAAUUUGUAGUACUCCUGUCGUUUUCGAUUUCUCGAAUCGUAUGCUCCAUCUACUGUGCUGAAUUGGACGUAUCAAUGGGUAACCUCAUGUUCACAUUGAGCAUCGUGAUGUCCAACAUUCUGCUAGGUGUGAUUCUGGCAGGUGUAACGUUCCUGAUCUUCCAGAUCCCUGGAGGAGAACACCACGACCACGGUCACACAAAUGGGCAUGAAAAUGGUCAUACUGACAGUCCAAGUGCGUCGUAUUAUAACCAGAAGACGGACGUGAAAGCUACUUCAGUCAAUAUGGACAGCGCACCUCAUCCUCACAACGCUUACCCCCAAGAUGGCGAGUCUGCUGCGACCUCGUCCUCCUUUUUGACACCUCAGACAUCUCUCUGCUUGAAAGGCUUCAUCUGGUUAUCAAUGGGGUAUAUGUUUUACCUCUCAACAACGACGAUCGCCCAAGCCACCAUUGCAGCUUACAGUUUGUCGUGGGAAGUAAAGUUCGAGCCGCUACUUGUGCUUAUGAUUGCUGCGUGUAUCGCUGGACACCACACGGGGAUUCGCCACGACAUGCACGUGAUUCUAGAUACCGCAGCACCGUACAUGUUCCUGCCGUUCUUCGUCAUGACCGGCGCAGCACUGAAGCUGGAUCAGGUGGUACAUGCCAUCCCGCUUAUGACAGUGUAUGUUCUACUACGGUAUAUUGCGAUCUUCAUCGCUUGCUACGUCGGUGGUCGCUUCUUGCUCAAGUUACCACCAAGGCAGUACAACAACCUGUGGCUCACAAUGACACCCCAAGCUGGUGUUGCCUUAGGUUUGGCAAACGAAGUCAAGGCCAUGAGUGACGAUACGUGGGCUGCAGAUUUCGCAGCGACGAUCGUGGCCGCCGUAGUGGUUAAUCAAAUCGUGGGGCCGGUGUUGUGUUCCAUGGGGCUGGGUCGCGCCGGUGAAACACUGAAAGAUCGGGCAGUAGAAGAACACGACGAUAAUAAACCCGAUAUCGACGGGAAAGAUCUGGAACAUAACGGAGAUGAAGGCGAUCGCAAAGUACGGCAAAGUCGGCUGUCGGUCAGAGCUAGUCGAUUCUCGAUGCAUGACCCUGGAGCUCCAUUGCCGUUCUAUAAGGUGCAAAACGCGGUUGUCAUUGGUGAUGAUGAAGUGGCGUUCGAGGUCGCACUGGAACUCUCGCUUUACGGUGCAAAGGUUAACGUGCCUCUCCUGGAUCAAGAACGCACCAGUAAAUGGCAGAAAAUGAACGAGACGAUCUUGAAGAGAACCGCCAAGGGAGAACUCAUCUCGUACAAGAAUACACUCAAGGACCGUGACAAUGCACAGACCAUGUCGUCAGCUGAUGUUCUCAUCUACACGGGCGAUGCUAACCGUACUCGCGAAAAUAUUCUGAUGUUGAAAUCCUUACUGGGUGAAUCGCACCCUCGGAUGAUCGCAUUGGUGCCGGAUUGCAAGUUCAGCAAGGAGAUGAAGGAACAGGGUAUACUGGUGAUCCAGCCGUCGAUUGCUUUGGCCAAUAUUGCAACGCGUAUGGCUCUACUGGACCAGAAGUCAGCCGAGGCGUUAUCGAACGAGAUCAGUACGACGAAUGACUUCAGUACUGCGACGUAUUACUUGCGAGCUGAUGGAGCACACCGAGGUUCCGUAUCGGAGAUGUCCUUGGAGGCUCGUCGGUUGGCUCUGGGUCGCAGUGUGGUGAACCACCAUUCGGUGAACUACGAUCGUCUCAUGGAGACAUUAGCGGCAGAGAACUUGCCAAUGCCUCCUCCUCCAUCUCGUGUGGCCAUGUUCGGCACUUCUGCUGCUGGCUUCGACCCGUUUUCUAGUCGGGACAACGGAUCAAGCUUUUUCGUCGUGCAUGACGACCCGGAGGACGGAGAAGAAUACAUUCUGAGCACACCCAACGCACUACCGAAAUCUCGGUCCCACCGAAGAAUAAGUCUCUCGCGAACGUCCGGUCAUUCUUUCGUUAGCGUUUCAAGUGAAGUCCGCCAUCGUCCAAACAAGAACUAA